AAAACAUUAUAUAAAUGAUAAAUCUAAACAUAUGAUAUCAUAUACAUAGAACUACAUCAGAUAUCUAUAGAAACAAACUUAUCCAUGGCAAUAAUGGCAUCGUUCAAGUCUUUCGCAGCCGUUCUCAGUGUCCUUUUUCUUGCCAUGACUGCUAUAGAAACGGUAGUUCAAGCCCAAGAAUGUGGCAACGAUCUAGCAAAUGUGCAGGUAUGCGCCGCCAUGGUGCUGCCCGGUUCAGGCAGACCAAAUUCAGAGUGUUGCGCCGCACUUCAAUCUACUAAUAGAGAUUGUCUAUGCAACGCUCUCCGUGCAGCCACCUCUCUUCCUUCGCUUUGUAACCUUCCUCCUGUGGAUUGUGGUAUAAAUGCUUAGUUAAGCUACGAGUCAAUUCCAAGAUGAUCAAGGAAAACGGGAAAAUAAAGAAUAAUGAGAAAUAUUCCAGUCUUAUGUUUUUUCUUCUAACUUCUGCUUUACUAUAAUAAAGUUCUAGUAGUUUUGCUUAGAAAUUUAGAUACUACUAGUAUAAUAAAAAGCUUUGAUAAUUAUGAGAAUAAAACAUUCCCGGUCUGAAACCAAAUUAUUCUUAAACAUGUACGUACGUAAGUCUAGACAUCAGAAAUAAAUUAGAUUAGUGACUUGUUUAAUAUGCAUGGAAAAUCAUGUUAGUUUUCAUUGUUGCCAAGCUAACAAUGUUUGUUU